AUGGCAGACCCGGUAACUUCGCCUCCCCUCGAGAGAGCCUCGAUAUUCGCCGCGCACGAGCUCAUAAAACCCUACGUGCACCGGACCCCCGUGCUCACCAAUGCGACCCUCACGGCACUGGCCUCGACCCCGCGGACCGCCGAGGACCUGCGCGGCACCAGGUGGGCCGACCGGGCCGACCGCCCCGCUCGGCCGGUGCUGCGGCUGUGGUUCAAGUGCGAGAACUUUCAGCGCAUCGGCGCCUUCAAGCCGAGGGGGGCGUUCCACGCCGUCGAGCGCCUCAAGCUUAUCCCCGGGUGGCUCGAGGGUCAGGGGAGGACUAACGGCGUCGUGACUGCUAGCUCUGGCAACCAUGCUCAGGCACUAGCCCUUGCGGCGCGCACAGCUGGAAUACCAGCACACAUCGUGAUCCCAAGCAUCGCGCCGGCACCAAAGCUGGCGGCGACGAAGGCGCUAGGGGCAACCAUCUACCGCAGCGGAAGCACUGGUGCUGAGCGCGAAGCGGUGGCGGCCAAGGUUGUUGCAGACACUGGAGGCCGCUAUAUUCCUCCUUAUGAUCACCCGGACAUCAUUCUGGGCCAGGGAACGCUGGGACUUGAGAUGCAGGAGCAGGUUGAGGCGCUCAUGGCCGGCGGGGAUGCAGCUGCGACAGGCGGUGAUUUCACUCGGCGAGGUCAAACCUCAGGAACGCAGGGCCAAGCUGGAGGUCAGAAGAAGGGCCUCAAUGCCAUAAUCGCGCCAUGCGGCGGCGGUGGUAUGCUCUCGGGUGUAGCAUUAUCCUGCGAGGGAACCGGCAUCCGCGUCUUUGGCGCCGAGCCCGAGUUCCAGGGGGCGGACGAGUGCAAGCGGUCCUUUGAGGCGGGCAAGCGCAUCGACACGGUCAAGUCGCUAACGAUCGCCGACGGACUACGGACUGCGGUUGGUAAAUACCCGUGGUCCAUCAUCUACGAGCGCCGCCUAGUGUCGCAAAUGUUCAACGUGACCGAGGACGAGAUCAAGGACGCCCUGCGGCUGAUCUUGGAGCGCUUCAAGCUAGUCGUCGAGCCUAGUGCUGCUGUGCCGGUGGCUGUCGCACUAUUCAACGAGGAUUUCAGGGCCAUGGUCGAGACCGAGGCCGGCGAGAACGGGUGGGAUCUGGGCAUCGUUCUCAGUGGUGGCAACGUUAGUUUGGAGAUGCUUGGGAAGCUGUUCCCCGAGGGCUUGCCUGCCUAG